GUUAUAUAUAAUAUAAAUUAUUUUUUUGAAUAGAAAAGGAAAAUAUGGCAGAAUCUAAUACAAAAUUUGCAAUUAGUGUUAUUUGUGCAUCAAAUCAGAACAGAAGUAUGGAAGCACAUUGUAUACUUAAAAAUGCAGGAUAUAAUGUAAGAUCUUUUGGUACAGGUUCAGCUGUAAGACUUCCUGGACCUUCUAUAGAUAAACCUAAUAUUUAUCCAUUUGGAACACCUUAUGAUCAAAUAUACAAUGAAUUAAAGAAUAAAGAUAUAAAAUUAUAUACUGCAAAUGGUCUUUUAAAUAUGUUGGAUAGAAAUAGAAAGAUAAAAAAUUCUCCUGAAAGAUGGCAAGAUAAUAGAGAUAUUUUUGAUAUUGUUAUUACAUGUGAGGAAAGGUGUUUUGAUACUGUAUGUGAAGAUCUUAUUAAUCGAGGACAACUCAUGAAUCGUAUAGUACAUGUUAUUAACGUUGAUAUUAAAGAUAAUCAUGAAGAAGCUGUCAUUGGUGGGCAAGCUAUUUUAAAAUUAAUUAACGCCUUUGCUUCUUCAAAUUCAUUGGACGAUAAUAUUUAUGAUAUUCUAUCUACUUGGCAAAAAAAUCAUCCUAAACUAUCUCUACUUCAUUCUCUUCAUUAUCAAUAAUCUAUACUCUAUUUCUAACGUCUUUUCUACUUUUUUUUCAAAUUCA